AUGACCCACGGGUGGGAAGACAAGGAAACUGAUGCUGGACCUUCACAGGCAAUAGAAGCCAAAAAAGAAAUAUUACCAUCAGAUAAUACAAACAACAUUUGGAAAAACUGGACACCAGCAGCGUUGAAGACCAAGGUGUCCAAUCCUCCAAAACGUGAAUUUAAUCAACCUUUAACAUCAUUAUCAUGGCUUCGUCGAAGAAGACCAAGAACUUCACUCCAGGAUAAAGUCUUAGAGAAUAAAAUCCAAUUAAUAGAACUAUCAAAACAAAAUGUUCAGUCAGAAGCAGCAUUAAAAAAUAGAUUACUACAAGAACAAAUAAAACAGGAACAAAUUAAAACACAAAAUUAG